AUGCUGUGCUUUCUGUUUCUGCUCCUGGGGCUCAUGGGGCUUCAGACAGACGAUAAUUCAGAAAGGCUACGUGUGCAAAUUACAGUUCCAGAGAAAAUACGGUCAACGUCAAGUGGAAGAGUUGAAACAUACGUGUCCUACAAAAUUGUAAUUGAAGGGAAAACAUACACUGUGAACCUAAUGCAAAAAGCUUUCUUACCACAUAAUUUUAGGGUUUAUGGUUAUAAUGGCACAGGAAGUAAGAAACCUCUUGAACAACAGUUUCAGAACUUAUGCUACUACCAAGGGUAUAUUGAAGGUUAUCCAAAUUCUAUGGUGAUCGUUAGCACAUGUACUGGACUCAGGGGCUUACUACAAUUUGAAAAUGUAAGUUAUGGAAUUGAGCCCUUGGAGCCUUCAAUUGGUUUUGAACAUGUGAUUUAUCAAGUAAAACAUAGGAAUACAGGUGCUUCUUUAUAUGCUGAGAAGGAUAUUGAGUCAAGAGAAAAACCCUAUAAAAUACAAAGUGUAGAGCCACUUGCAGACUUCUCUCAGUAUAUAGAAAUGCAUGUUGUAGUUGAAAAAAAUUUAUAUAAUCGUAUGGGUUCUGAUACAACUGUUGUCACUCAAAAAAUUUUCCAGUUGAUUGGAUUGACCAAUGCUAUUUUUGAUUCAUUUAAUAUUACAGUAAUUCUAUCUUCAUUAGAGCUUUGGAUAGACGAAAAUAAAAUUCCGGUAACUGGAGAUGCCAAUGAAUUAUUACACAGAUUUUUAAAAUGGAAACGAUCUUAUCUUGUUUUGCGUCCACAUGAUGUGGCAUUUUUACUUGUUUACAGAGAAAAACCAAAUUAUGUUGGUGCAACCUUUCAAGGGAGGCUGUGUGAUAAAUACUAUGGAGGAGGUGUUGCUCUGCACCCCAGAACCAUAAGUCUGGAAUCACUUGCAGUUAUUAUAGCUCAAUUACUGAGCCUUAGUAUGGGAAUAACUUAUGAUGACAUCAACAAAUGCCACUGCCCAGGACCUGUCUGUGUAAUGAACCCAGAAGCAAUUCAUUCCAGUGGUGUGAAGAUCUUUAGUAACUGCAGCAUGGAAGAUUUUGCGCAUUUUCUUAAGUCAAAGUCCCAGUGUCUUCAAAACCAGCCGCGUUUAGAUCCAACAUUCAAAGUGGCAGUUUGCGGUAACGGAGAAGUCGAAGAAGGAGAACAAUGUGACUGUGGGAAUCAGGAGGCUUGUGCAGCUCUGCCAGACUCAUGCUGUAACCAAGCCACAUGCAGACUCAAUGUUGGGUCAGCUUGUGCUACUGGACCGUGCUGUGAUGCUUGUGCUUUUAUAGCAAAAGGACAAGUGUGUAGGGUUUCCACUGAUGAAUGUGAUCUCUCUGAAUAUUGCAAUGGUACAUCUGCAGCAUGUCAAGAAGACCUUUAUGUUCAGGAUGGGCAUCCAUGUGCAGAGAAUCAAUGGGUCUGUGUGAACGGAAGAUGUAUGAAUGGGAUAAAACAAUGUUCGGAAAUAUUUGGUGAAGGUUCAGGUUUUGGUACUCAAGAGUGUUUUGAUCAACUUAAUUCUAAGACUGAUCCAUCUGGGAACUGUGGCUCAACUGCUUCAGGGUACACACAGUGUAAUCCUAAGGACGUGCGAUGUGGAAAAUUACUGUGUACAUAUGAUAAAGGAAUUAUAAUUAAUAUUCCAAAUGCCACUGUUUUGUAUAGCAACAUAGAUGGACACACCUGCGUUGGACUGGAAUAUGCAUAUGAUGAUAAAGACAGCGGAAACAUGUGGGUAAAAGAUGGAACUGUUUGUGGUCUAAAUAAGGUUUGCAAGAAUAAGAAAUGUGUAGAUUCUUCAGUCUUGAAUUAUGACUGUACUCCAGAAAAAUGCCACAAUCAAGGUCUAUGUAAUAAUAAAAGGCACUGUCACUGUAACCCUACAUAUUUACCUCCAAAUUGCCAAGUUUCACUAGAGUCAUGGGAAGGUGGAAGUAUUGACAGUGGCAACUUUCCACCCUCAGUACCAGGCCUACCAGACCGUUUACCUGACAGGCGCUAUAUUGAGAAUUUUUACUAUUCCAAACCUAUGAGAUGGCCAUUUUUCUUACUCAUUCCUUUUUUCAUUAUUCUCUGUGUACUGAUUGCUACACUGGUAAAAGUUUAUUUCCAAAGAAAAAAAUGGAGAACUGAGGACUAUACAAGCGAUGAGCAACUGGAAAGUGAGAGUGGGACCAAAGACUAG